UCCGCAGCGGGUGUGCAUUUCAAAAACAUCUCUCCGAAAUAGAAAAAAUCCGUUUUUUUGACGUUUUCGACAGAUUUUUAAAAAAUAAAAAAAAUUAAACCAAAAAAAUAAAAAAAAAAACGGCCUUCGUUGGUUAGUUUUUUUUUUCUUGUGUUCAAAAAUUUUUUGGGUUUUUGGGUUCGUGCGUGAUUCGCUUUCUUUUCUUAUAAUAAAAUAAAUUUGUUGGUCGUCGUUUUUGUGAUUCUACUACAUAUUUCUGUCUCUUUUUGUUAAAUUUUUUCUUUCAGAGAGAAAGUAGGUGGUCAGAAAAAAAUUUUGAAAAAUUUAUUAAAAAAAAAAAUUCUUACCAAAACCCUCUGUGAUCUUCCUUUGAGAGAAUAAAAAAAGUCAAAAAAAAAAUCAAAUUUUGAUGUAAUUAGUCAAAAAUUCAAAAAAAAAAAGUGUUGCCAACUCAAAUCAAAUAGUAAUAGUACUAAAUUAAUACGAAAGUAUUAAAAAAAAGUGAGCAAAAAUAAAGCAGAGCAAAUAAAUAACGGUUUUUUGUACUAUUCAUUUAGUGUGUCAACUAACAACGAAAAAAAAUAUAUAUACAUAAAAAAAAAAAUUAAAAACAGGAUGCAGCGGUAGGAUAUACGGCACUUAACCUCCCCCCUGCAAUCAUCAGUUUUCUUUCUUUUACAAGAACACAAAAACAACGACUCCUGAACUGCACACAACUACUAUUGGAUUGAAAAGAGUAUUCAAAUAAAUAAAUAAAAAAAAAAAAAACACACACAGACCAAAAAGGAAAAACAUCAUCAAGUAAAGAAAAAAAAACGGAAAAAAAGGACGAGCGAGUGUGGAAAAUAGCCCGAAGGAUUUAAAUAGCGAACGAGUUUCUGCCAAUUAGAUGUCAUAACAUGGGAUGUAUGUUUGAAACAGCCAAAAGGAAUCAAUGCAAUGAGAUUACAUUCAAGGAUAAACGUCCUAAAACAACAACAGAAACUAUUAUUACAACAAAAUCUAGAACACACAUACCAGCAGACGAAGAAACAUCAGCAAUACCAGCUGCGAAUCGUUUAGCAGAAGAAUUUGAAAUAGUUGAUCCUAUUGAACUACAAAUCGAAUCCUUUUCCAAAUAUUUUCCAUCUACAUCGUUGUCGUCGACGACAUCGUCCUCCCCCGCCACCGCCAUUGGCGUUGCCGCCUGUAAUUGCAGUCGUAGCAGUGAACAACAACAACAAUUCUAUAAGAGUUCUGCUAUAUCGGAAAGUAAUAAAAAAUAUAAUCGCCAUCAGGAACAGAAUCCAAAGCAGCAGCACCAACAGCAGCGCCAUCUGCAUCAGCAAUAUGUUGGGUCAGAAGGCAAAAUUACAUCGUCAUCGUCUGCGAUGCAGUCUAAAACACCGUCGACGUCGACCAAAUGCAAUAUGGAAGAAUAUAUACGCGCAGGAUAUUACAUAACAUCACGAUUAUUCAAUACUAAUAGCAGUAGCAGUAACAAUACCAAUAGCAGUAGCAGUAUCAACUCGAGUAGAAGAAGCAAUAGUUUAUUAAAUUCUAGAAAUAAUUGUUAUUUAAAAAAUAGUAAAAAUCAUAAAAGUAAAAAUGCAUGUGCAACAGCAUCGUUAUCGACAUCGGCAUUAGAAUCAGCAGCAACAACAGCAGCAACAACAAUAACUGCUAAAACUUCAUCAAUUCGCAACUCGAUUGGCCUGUAUGCUGCCUCUAGUGUAAUAUUAGUUUUAUGCUAUUUAACCUCGUCUACAUCGGCUGCCGUUAUGGAUCAUCCGAUAUUUGAUGAAUCAAGUUCGGAUAAAGAAAUUCUAGAUCAUUUAUUGCAGAAAUCACGUUACGACAAAAGACUCCUACCACCAGUAAAUGGUGAGAAAAUUGAUGAAGACUUCUGCUGUGGGUUGUCGUCGCCGGAAAAUGCGAAAAAUCAGUCUACGAUGAGACCACACCAUCGCGGUACAUUAACAGUUAAUGUAAACGUAUUACUUCUAAGCUUAGCAUCACCCGACGAAUCUAGUUUGAAAUAUGAAGUGGAGUUCCUAUUGAAUCAACAAUGGAAUGAUCCUCGACUGCAAUAUGGUAAUAAAUCGCAAUAUGAUUAUUUAAAUGCACUGCAUCAUCAUGACAAUAUCUGGACACCAGAUACGUAUUUCAUUAUGCACGGUGACUUUAAGGACCCCAUCAUUCCGAUGCAUUUCGCUUUAAGAAUUUACCGGAAUGGCACCAUUACGUACGCAAUGAGACGUCAUUUAAUCCUGUCAUGCCAAGGAAGUUUGCAUAUAUUUCCCUUCGAUGAUCCUAAAUGCUCAUUUUCAAUGGAAAGCAUUUCAUAUGAAUUAUCACAUAUAAAAUAUGUAUGGAAAAAUGACGAAGAUACAUUACGUAAAAGUCCAUCAUUAACAACACUUAAUGCAUAUUUAAUACAAAACGCAACCGUAACGUGUUCUGUUAAAAGCUGGAGAGGUAACUACAGUUGCCUAAAAGUUGAACUUAUGUUCACGAGGGAUCGUGCAUUUUAUUUCACAACUGUAUUUAUACCUGGAAUCAUAUUGGUGACAUCAUCAUUUAUCACAUUUUGGCUAGAAUGGAAUGCUGUACCAGCCAGAGUUAUGAUUGGUGUAACAACAAUGUUGAAUUUUUUCACAACAUCCAACGGUUUCAGAAGUACACUUCCUGUUGUCUCAAAUCUCACAGCCAUGAAUGUCUGGGACGGGGUGUGCAUGUGCUUUAUUUAUGCCUCGCUACUGGAGUUUGUGUGCGUUAACUACGUUGGUCGUAAACGUCCAUUGCACAAUGUCGUCUAUCGGCCUGGUGAAAAUCCAGUCACACAGCGUCUUCCAGCGGUUCUAAGCAGGAUCGGAGUUAUUCUUGCAAGUCCUUUGGAAAUAAUCGAACGAGAAUUUCAUGCUGCUUUGUCAUCCGAAAAGGCAGCCGCAGCAGCAGCCGAACCGCAUGCAUCAAUCACUACGGCAGCAGGAGCAGUUCCAGUUUCAGCUGCAAUGCAUUUUCCAACAACAACUGGCUUGAGUCACGCACAACAUCAACAAUUAACUGCCAUAAGUGUUGGAGGUGGUGGUGGUGGCGCUAGUGUCGUUGGCACUGUUCGACGAGCCUCGACAGUUGUAGUUGAUACACUUGGCACUGGCACUGGCACUGUCACUGGAGAGCCAGUCUAUGUGGAGACUGUUGAAGUGUACACAAACGAUGCAUCACAGUCCGAGGAGAGUUCCGGCCCGUAUAUGCGGCAAUCACGUUCAAUGGCCACCAAUACCCCAGCCCUUUUGAUUGGGGGUCAGCGGGUGUCUCCCACUACAACCAACAUAAAUGACAAGGUCCUGGACGUUGAAGCGACAGAAAGUCAAUUGCCUGUUAAACCUCCGAGGCGCAAAUCAAGUCGUUCAACAACACCAUCGGGCAUCCACGAUGUGGAAGCUACAGCUGGUCAGAUUAAAAUGACAACGAAUCUUGGUGAGAAAAAACGCGAAACUGGUGGUCCAAAUGAAAUAGUUGCAUGCACCAACUGUGGUGGAGGCAGCAGUCCGUGUACACAUUCAGCCAACAAUGGAUGUGCAACAGAGGUGAAUAUGACGUGUUUCGUACAAGUACGAAAAAAAGAACCACCACAUCCAAUUCGUGUGGCCAAAACGAUCGAUGUCAUUGCAAGGAUAACAUUUCCAACGGCUUAUUCGAUUUUCCUAAUUUUUUUUUUUGUUCAUUAUAAAGGAUUCUCCUAGAAGUUAUUUUAAAUACUAAAACACACACUCAUACAUACACAUGAAAUACAUACACACAACAACACAUGCCACAAAUUAAAAAAAAAAAUGAAAA